UGGAUUCUUGUAAUUCGGUCAUCUCGAAAUACUAAUACUACGAUUACAAUUAAUUACAACAAAUUGGCGUCGCGAUGGAACUAAAUAACCUGGGAAAAUUUCUUGUAAAUGGUUCUCCGCGGGAAAUUGCUGAUUAUCUUGAAUGCUUCGAUGCGUGGUGCAUUUCAAAGAAUGUUCGGGAUGACAAAAUACCAGCACAUUUCAUUACUGCUAUUGGGCUAGAUGCAUAUAGCCUAGUGAAGACUCUGUCGUUUCCAGAUAAACCAAUUUCUCUGCCAUAUGGUAAGCUCCGUGAACUUCUGAUAGAUCAAUUCCAUAUGACUACUUUUGAGACACGAGAGAGGGCUCAUUUCAACAAACUGGUUCGUGCUCCCAAUCAGAAGAUAAGAGACUUCAUUCUUCAACUUCAAAUUCAAGCUUCAAAGUGUAACUUUGGAGAUCAGCUGCAUACUCAACUACGUGAUCGUCUAAUUGCUGGAAUCAAUAUUCCUAAGUUAGAGAAAGAGUUAAUUCAGAUUCCUUCUUGUACCUUUCAAACUGCUAAAGAUUUAUGUAUUACAUAUGAAGAUGUCAACAGUGAAUACUCUGCUCCCACUACGUCAGUAUCUGAUGUCAUGUUGUCCAAAGUCGAAAAUACAAGUGGUCAUGUCUUCCACAGGUAAUAGAAUGCAGCCAGAGAUCAAAAACAUUAAACCGUGUUUUUC